GCCCGGAGCCGGAGGCAGGACCCGACCAACUUCCACACUCGCCACAGGAAAGAAGAAGAAGAAGAAAAAAAAAAGUCAGGAAAACACAUCUGUGCGCGCAUGACGCCGUCUGCGUGUGUUUUUGAAGCUGCCAGGCUGGAGCUCGGCGAGGCGAGCGGCUCUCCGUGAAGUUGCUGCCGCCGCUCGUGCGCUGCGAAGCUGGGACGCGUCCGCGCGAUGGAGAGCCGCGACUGACCGGCGUCUGGAGUAGUUUCUCUCCCCCGUUCUUCUCCUUGGAAAACCCUUCCCUGUUACACCGAGCCGGCUUUAUUUCCGCCGACACACACUUGGUUCCUCUUCUUAACGCCGUGGAGUGAGAGCGUGAGUGCGCGCGUGGUUGGAAAAUGCCUGGGAAAACCAAGUACAACCUCGUUGAUGACGGGCACGAUUUGAGGAUCCCGUUGCACAACGAGGAAGCAUUCCAGCAUGGGAUAAACUUCGAGGCUAAGUACAUCGGCAGCCUGGAUGUGGCGCGGCCGAGCAGCCGGGUGGAGAUUGUGGCUGCGAUGAGGAGAAUACGGUAUGAGUUCAAGGUGAAGAACAUCAAGAAGAAAAAAGUCAACAUUGUGGUGUCAGUGGAUGGCGUGAAGGUUACUUUGAGGAAAAAGAAAAAAAAGAAGGAGUGGACAUGGGAUGAGAGCAAGAUGAUGGUGAUGCAGGAUCCUAUUUACAGGAUAUUUUACGUUUCUCACGACUCCCAGGAUCUGAAGAUCUUCAGCUACAUCGCCAGAGACGGACAGAGCAAUGUCUUCCGCUGUAACGUCUUCAAGUCCAAGAAAAAGAGCCAAGCGAUGCGCAUCGUCCGGACGGUCGGCCAGGCCUUCGAGGUUUGUCAUAAACUGAGUCUGCAGCACACGCAGCAAAACGCAGACGGACAGGAGGACUGCCACAGCGAGAAGAACGGCGACUCCUCAGUCAAAGGAGUGCGUGCUUAUCCACCUGUAUGUGUAUGUACUUUCCUGGGCUCAGCUCGGGAGCUAACAGGUGCGGAAAAGACGGCCACCGUCACGGAGGAGACGGACAUCGACGCAGACGAGGUGAACCCGCCGCUGGCAACCGAGGAGUUGAACCCCAACAGAGGCGUCACCGACCUGGACGCCACGGCCAAGACGCCUGACCCGAGCCACGCAGAAAACAAGGCUUCAGAGGAAGCCUCUCUACUCCUGUCCAGCCCCAGGAUGCUGCUCCCGGCCUCCGGCACGCUGCCGCCCAGCGCCCCCUUGUCUGUGCACCACCAGAUCCAGCUGCUCCAGCAGCAGCUCCAGCAGCAGCAGCAGCAGACGCAAGUGGCCGUGGCACAGGUCCAUCUCCUGAAGGACCAGCUGAGUGCCGAGGCCACGGCUCGGCUGGAGGCCCAGGCUCGAGUCCACCAGCUGCUGCUGCAGAACAAAGACCUGCUGCAGCACAUCUCGCUGCUGGUGAAACAGAUCCAGGAGCUGGAGACGAAGAUGUCCGGACCAAAUUCAAUGGGCUCCCAGGACAGUUUGCUGGAGAUCACGUUUCGCUCCACGGUGCCUCCGGUGAUCUGCGACCCCACGACGCCCAAACCCGAGGUGUCGGCCCUCGACCUGCCCGCCUUCGGCGCCAACGACGGCUCCGGCAACGUCUUCUCCUCGUCCAACGGGACCCUGGGAAGUCCGCUAGGUAGGGAACAGUGUCUGCUCAAGCUGGAGUGUUUCCGUUUCCUCCCGGGACCCCCGGGGCCUCCGCCUCCUCGACUCCCCUCGCCUCUCUCGCCGCUCAAGAUGAACAGGCCGCAGGUCAAAGGUCAAGACGAGUCCCCGAGUCCAGACAGCCUGUUGUCCCGCGACGUCAAGUCUCUGGGCUGCCUGGACUUCGCCAGGUUUCGCGAGUCGGGCAUCGCCUCGGAGUACGAGUCGAACACGGACGACAGCGACGACGAGGAGGAGGAGGAGGAGGAGGAAGAGGAGGAGGAGGAGGAGAUGGAGAUCUUUGGCUGGGGGACAGAUGAAGAGACGGUGAGGCUGCUCAAUGUUCUCAACAGACAGGGGACUCCCGACUGCCUGGGAGACGAAAUAGCAGUGUAACGCAACAACUGCCCUGCGUGCAAACAACUGCAAGAACCCAGAACCAGGGGAUCGCCCACUUUACAGCACUCAGUCAGACUCGCCGGGAGUGAAGUGACCUCCAACCGUUUCCAUGCUGAUAUAUAGAUAUUCCAUGUCCUUAUCGGAGUGAAGUUCGUGAAGUUUAAGGUGCAUUCAGAUUCAGCAUGUCGCAGAGAGUGACAAGAACAACGCUCACCGAGCUGUC